GGGACCCCAACCCCAAUGAUCCUGCAGCAGCCUCUGGAGCGGGCCUCCCUAGGUCUCGCCUUGCGGGCCACCUCGGGGGUGACUCGGGACCUGGACACCAGGGAGCCUUUGUACAAGCAGUUCCUGCUGGAGGAGAACAUGGCCAUCCACUUCUCCCGACUCAGCCUACAUAAUGACCACCCCUACUGCAGCACCUCCAUGACUUUCCCCCCUGCCCUGCCUCCACUCAGGAGCCCCUGCUCAGAAUUGCUUCUCUGGCGAUACCCUGGAAACCUGAUCCCAGAGGCCCUCCGGCUGCUGAGGUUAGGGGAUACCCCCAACCCCCACUUUGGUGCAACCUCAGCUGGGGACAUAAUCAAGCUCUGAACCUUGGUGGACAAUGACUUCUCCUCACCUUCUUGCCUGCUACAAGACCAACCUCAGCUGGGCAUGGUGGCGCACACCUGUAAUCCCAGCAUUGGAGAGGCUGAGGCAGGAGGAUGACUGCAGGUGUGA